AUGUUUUCACUUUCUUUAUUUCCAAGAGAAAUCAUCCUUGAGAUUUUCCCUCUUCUUUAUAGAGAUGAUUUGAUCUCGUUAUUACUAGUUCCAGAAAUGAUUCAAGCUUGGUCUCGCUGGGUUUGUAUCGUGACUAAUAAUACCGAGUUCAAAGAUCCAAAUCUCAUAAGGUAUUACAAAGUUGUUGAUAUUGGUUCAUUUCUCGAUAUUACAGUAUAUGAACCAAUGGUUAAAGGAAUUACAAUACUGCACGUAUUGAAAAAUGAAUUGGAGCCAGAUACACAGAAUUGGUUGACUCUUAAAGAUGAUGCUCCAGUACUGUCUUUGGAUAACCUUCAUCCAUUCACUUUAUCAAGAGGGACCUCAGUAUCUUUAGAAGGUGAAGGUUCUAAUUACAAGUAUAACCUUCAUUAUUUUAUGGGACGGUUCAAAUUUUUCAGGAAAAAAAAUUCACAAUUGACUUCAAUCAAUACUAAAGGAAUGCCGAGCGUUGUCAUUAAUGAUUCUUCCCAUGUUUUUCCAUUGAGACUUUUGGAUACAAGAAGACUUUCCAUAUGCUAUUGUGAUUUCGGAUCUAGUCUUACAAUACUGGAGGCACCUCUUUUGGAAAGAUUAUACUUCAAAUUUUGUAAAUUGAGUGAAAUUAGAUUUGAAAUUCCUAGGUUCUUGGAACUUGAAUGCACAAGUCCUAAGUUUUUGGAAACUGCAGAACCUUUUAAUGUUGAAAGAGUGAGGGAGUUGAAAUUGACAAAAUAUAUAGAUUGGGGAAAUUUGUCAAGAUUAAACAGGUUGAAAAAUCUUGAAAAAUUAACAAUUAGCACUUCUCUUAGAUUUGCUAGCAUUGAGUGCCACAUUAUCAGAGAUGUUGUACUUCCAAAUUUAAAGUCUUUAGAAUUCUUACACAGCUCAAGAAUAAAAUUCAAGAAUUGUCAUUUUCCAUCCUUGAAAGAAUUUCGCUUGAUUCAGACCUAUAUUGAAGCUUGGUCAAAAUCAGAUUCAAAUUUUGGUAAUGUUGGACCAGAUGAAAUAAUAGUUGACUGA